AUGCCGACCCAACGCUCCUGCGCUCCCCCGUCUCCAAGACUGGGCGCACUGCUUCGAGAUACGGAGAGCGAUGACGCAAUGUCUCUGCAUUCGACAUACCGCCCACACACACGCCAGAAGAAGAAAAAACCAACGAUGCAGUUGUGCGGAAUUAAUUUGUUCGGGAAACCCCGUGGUCAGAUCCGGCUCGAGGACGACGAUGAUCUUGAGCCACCCAUGCCCCGGCCGAGGCCGAGGUACGAUUCCGAUGCGGCGCCCUUGCCCGAUUCGACCAUUCAGUCUCUCUCUGCGCGCUCUCCUACUACUCCUACUACAGAACAGCCCACGAAACAAGCCAGUCCCGAAGAAGAGCUCGCACGCCUCAGAGCCGAAAAGGCCGCACGCAAAGCAAGAAAACGGGAACGCAAGCUCAAACGCCAAUUGGCUCUCGAACACACUGCCGAGUUUGAAGGAUUCAUAGGCAGUAUCGAGGAUCUGCUCGACGGGAGCGAACGCGGAAGCAGUCGACUGAUCGACGAUGCCGAUCCAGAAGAUGGAGAGGCCGACAUGGGAGCGGGUCGCAACGAGGAGUUCGAGAGCGAGGGAGAGGGGCUCGGUGUGAAUGCGCUCGGGCUAGGAUUGAGGGGUCCACCAAGUCCGUUGGCUCAAGUUCCAAUCCCAGAGGACAGGAACGAAUCGGAGUCGGUUAUCAAGUCCACUGCCGAGCCGGAGAUCGCAAAAUCUCAAGUGGAAGCUGACCUCUUCGUUGCUCAAACCGAACCGACGACCCCAACCAAAGUCGAACCCCCUGUUCAAGCCCAACCGGAACCCGACCAACUCAAGACUCCCACCAGCCCCACCCGCCAACGACCCAGAAUCCACAUCUCGGACCUGCCGCUCUCGAGCCCAGGUGCGGGUCCCGGUCCCCGAACACUCGAAAACUCGCCCCGCCUCCAGUCGCUGCAAGAGUCCUCGCUGCAAGACGGCUACGGCUUCCCCUCCCCUCAUCUCUCCGUCCCCUCACCCCGCCACACCAACCUGCCGACCCCACGAAUCGGCCUGGCCUCGCCAAGCGGGUUCCCUUCCUCGGGACUCAGCCGAAGAGGAUUCCCAUCCCCGGACUAG